AUGCCUCGAAGCCGGACACUCGUCUCGGCUCUACGGCCUUCAGCGGCCGUCAGUGGACAGGGCGUCCGCGCCUUUUCUGUGUCGGUCGCUCAGCUCGUCAACCUGCCCAAGGAGGCUGAGAACUUGCGAAAGGCCCCUCGGGAUCAGAUUGGGGUUCUCAAGGCGCCUCUUGUCAAUCCAGCCGACAAGUACCAGAGCAAGUCGGACAACAUGCACCGAUACGGAUCGUGGCUGAUGGGCUGUCUGCCCAAAUAUAUACAGCAGUUUUCUGUCUGGAAGGAUGAGCUUACCAUUUACAUUUCGCCCUCGGGUGUCAUCCCCGUCUUCACGUUCUUGAAGUACAACACCUCUGCUGAAUUCACACAAAUGAGCACCAUCACCGCAUGCGACUUCCCCACCCGCGACAAGCGCUUCGAAGUAGUGUACAACCUCCUUUCCGUCCGCCACAACUCCCGCAUCCGUGUCAAGACCUACGCCGAUGAGGCCUCUCCUGUCCCCAGUGUCACCAGCCUCUACGACGGAGCCAACUGGUAUGAGCGCGAGGUCUACGAUCUCUUUGGCGUCUUUUUUGCCGGCCAUCCUGAUCUGCGACGCAUCAUGACCGAUUACGGUUUUGAAGGUCACCCGCUUCGCAAAGACUUCCCCCUAACGGGCUACACUGAGAUCCGGUAUGACGAGGAGAAGAAGCGAAUUGUUACCGAACCCCUUGAACUUACGCAGGCGUUCCGUAACUUUGAAGGUGGCUCUAGUGCAUGGGAAAUGGUUGGUCCUGGUGAGGAUCGUAGACCGGAUACUUUCAAGCUGCCUACGCCUAAGCCAGAGGAGAAAAAAGAGGAACCCAAGAAAUAG